UGGCGGAAAUGCAAGUAGAUGGAAAGAAUGUUGUCAAUAUGUGAGAAAAGUUAGUUAAAUGGUGUGCAUAAAAUGUUUGGACCGUUAUUUGCAUAUUAUUCGCCUGUGCCAUGAUUGUUGUACAGGAUAACUCACAGACAUGUCGUCCAAAGGGCGAAAACUGGCGAAAAAUAUUGGGAAAUCCCUUCGCAAAAAGUUUACCGAUUCAGAAGGUCGACCUGACCAGCAACAGGAAUCUGUAUACACUGGAGGGCUAGAGAUUGACCUGGGUGAGGGGCAGGUGGGCGGGGCAGGCCUCCUCCAGCCUACUGCCCCAGGACAACAGAAAGUCUUGAAGAGUACUUCCCUUGGUAGCAUUAACAAUGAAGAUGGUAGUGCUGUGAUAGUAGACCAGGAUGACAUCAUAGCUCUUACUACUGAUGUUAAAAGCUUCUCUGAUGCCUUGGCAAAACUGAAGACUGCAUUCACUUCUGGGACAGAAACAGCUGAUGAGGCCCAUGUGCUGGCACAUGAGCGUCUUGGGGAGGUCAUUUGUAUCCUGAAGAAUGUCCUCAAUCGGUAUCCAGCUCUCCACUCCACUGAUCUCUUCUCAUCAGCGGGAACACUCAUUGGGAAAAUAAAAGGUCACAACUACGAGAGUGGACGUGACCCUGAUGUGAUACAGGGUUUCUGCGAUGCCAUUGAUCAGCUUGCUCUAGCCUUCAGCAGCAGUGUGUCGGAGUACCUGAUGGGUGGUGGUGAACCAGAGCUGUCUGUGGAUGCCAGAACAAAGUCCUAUGAUAACCUAACUACCCUGGGGAGAGAAAAUCGUUAUGGAUCAUCAACACUCAAUGGUAAAUCAUCUGGCCAGUUAUCUGCAAGGGAGAUUGAUUCAUCCCUUGUCCGCCUUGAAGCUGGCCUUGACCUUGCACUACAGAGAGCCAAGGCAUGGUCAAAGUAUGCCCGUGACAUCAUGACGUACAUCGAGAAGAAAGCCCAGCUAGAAUGUGAAUAUUCAAAGAACUUGUCUCGGUUAGCACAAACCAUGCGGCCAGUUUUAACAGAUGAGGGUUUCCUUCCUCUACAGUCAGUCUACUGCACAGUUCUAGCACAGGACAUUGAAUUUGCCAGCAACUGCCAGGCCACGCAAGCUCUUCUGCAGACAAGCAAGUUUAUUGAGCCUCUUGCAGCUCGGAAGGCUGAGCAUGACAAAGUGAGAAAGUCUGUCAAAGAAAUCUGGGUCAGAGAGGUCAAGAAAAUGCAAGAUGCUGUGACAGGUCUACGCAAGGCCCAGCAUAUGUACAUAGCACGUCAGCAAGACUAUGAGAAGGCUCAUGAACAGGCACAGAAAACAGACUCGGACAAACACGACAAGCGGAAGAAGCUGGAAGAGGAUGCCAUGCAUAAAGCUGCUGAGGCUGAGACAACGUACAAGGCAUGUGUAGUGGAAACUAACCAUCGACAACAAGAGCUUGACAAAAUCAAGGCCGAGUUAUUGGGGAAGAUACGAGAGCAGAUACAAAUGUGUGAUCAAGUCAUGAAAUCUGUGACUGUGGAGUACUUCCAGCUGCUUCACACUGUGUCUGCCCCUCUACCUGUACAGUUCCACACCCUGUGUGAGAGCAGCAAGACGUACGAGCCAGGCAGUCAGUAUGCAGAGUUUGUCCGCAGGCUCCCCAUACCCACACCAAAUAGUGGCAAACUAGAACACUUCAGCUUUGAAGCUUUUGUUGCUGGUGCAAAGUAUGGUGAAGGAAGGAAGCCCAGCACACAGUCCAAUGGAUCUGCAUCUUCUGACAUGAUACCGUCAAAUGAAGGAUCACCGGUGUCCUCACCUAGGAAGGACAAGAAUCGAGGCCCUGUAAAGGCAUGGGGUCAUUCUGUCGGCAUUGGAAGCGACACUGAUAGUGCCAGUGGAAGUAGCAGCAACAAGUCACAUGACUCAUCACCUAGCAACAGUCCACAUGCCAAUAUGAGGAGGCAACUGGUAGCCAGUCAGUCAUUGGAUGAAUUAGCUGAAGAGGAACCAGAAAAAUAUGCGAAUGGCGAUGAACAGCGCCGGAAUCUCAUUAAAAGAAUCAUGUCAGCCAGUGAAGAUUUGCCAAACAGAGGACGGCGGCACACCACAUUUGGAGUGGACUUCCAGGAGCAAGUGAACCAGUUUAAGAUGGAAGUCCCACCCAUUGUCUCCAUGUGUCUGUCCGAGGUAGAGCUGCGUGGUCUCACCAUCAAGGGAAUGUACAGAGUGUCUGGUGUGAAGAGUAAAGUCGAGAACUUGUGCAAUAGGUUUGACAUUGAUCCUGAUUCCGUCGACCUCUCCGAACAACACCCUAAUGUCAUCUCCAAUGUGUUGAAACUCUACUUACGACAGCUCCCAGAGCCUCUGUUGACGUUUCGGUUAUAUUCAGAUUUUAUACAUGUGGCAAAGGAACAUACAUCUGGUGCUAUGAGUAACCAGAAGACAAUAGAGAAGCUGUCCUAUCUGGUUCAGAUGCUGCCUCCUUCCAAUUUUAAAACAUGUGCUGUUCUCAUGCAUCAUCUACAAAGGGUCGCUGCUCACUCUGACGUGAACCAGAUGAGCUCCAGCAACCUUGGAAUCGUGUUCGGUCCAACGCUACUCCGACCAGCGGAAGGAACUGCCUCUCUAGCAUCUCUGGUGGACACACCACACCAAACCCGGGCCAUUGAACUACUUAUCUCAUCAGCACAGACAAUAUUUGGUCCUGGAGCUGACUAUCAGCUUGUAGGAGGAGAGACACCCGUGGAGGCGCUGCCUGACCCAGCACCCCCAGUAGUUAAACAGACAAAAUCAGAAAUCAAGGAACCUUUGACAGUGUCUGUGCCUUCGGAACCUCCAUCAGUGAAACUUCCUUCAAGCAGUCAGUCUGUGGAUGCGGUAGCCGUGGACAAGAUCGUGCAGCCCGCGGAGGAGGUGGAUGGGGACCGCUCCAAGACCUCAGGGGCAGAGUUUGUACUGCCUGGCAGUACGAGCCCCGGGAAGAGUGACAAUAUUUCCCCCACAAGUACACUGACCGAGGGAGACGAUGAGUGGAAUGAUUUAGAUCUCCAAUUGGAUGAUGAGUUGCCGGAUAAUUUGCUUCCGGAUGACUCGACUACUCCCGGCUCGGCCAAUCAUCAAGCUGUGCUUACUCCACACUGCAUGGCAGGGCAAGAAGUAGCGAAAGUGAGUCAGAGCAGCAGUACUUCCAGACCCGCCUCUAGUCCAACAACAUCCCCGCCUCGCCCGACCACGCCUGAUCCCCAGUCCACUGCAGCACUUGCGUCUAGUCCAGCCCUCACCAAGAGAUCAUCCGUCCAUGAGCCCAAGCCUAAGCCCACUCUCAGUCUGAUAGCCUGUGGAGAUGUUGACCCAUCUGUAAAGCUGGGCAGUGAACACUAUGCCUUCUUGCCACCUAGUCCUAUCAAAGUUGUAAUCACAGAGGUUGGAGAUUCUGAUGAUGCCCACACAGAAGAAAUCCAGGUUCGAGCUCCGAAGAAAGUUGUUCCCCCAGAGACAUCACCAAUGCCUGCCCCGGCUGCUGUGUCUACAACCAGGUCGCCACCUCGUCAGGGCUCUCCACCAAAGAGGGUUACUCGUUCAGGGUCAGGGUCUCUAACUAAGUCAGAUAGUCAUCAUAGGUCCUCAGGUACUUCUGGAACUACUUUACCCAGCCUGACCUCGAAACCUGAAUCUCGACGAUAUGCAUCUCAAACAGGGAGCUCUCCCAGGAAGGGUUCCACGGGAUCGAGUCACCCUGUCCGAACAUCUGUCACCACCGUGCCAACAUCCUCCAGGGUCUGUCUCAGUCGAUCUAUGACUGCUGGAGCUCCUGCCUCUGCUCCUAGAAGGUUGGCGACCUCCAGCUCCAUGACCUCAAGGUCACACACAAGCAGUUCCCUUUCAAAGUCAUCUGCUCCUGUAAGACGAAGCCUGGAACUGACAUCUUCCCCGUCUCGACAGAUGCCGACGACAAGUGUAGGAUCAUUACAUUCUCGUCAGCGUCACUCGUCGGGGAGUGAUGGUAUCAACAGGUCUCCGCCUAAAUCAGUAGAACGGAAGAACAGCGGCAGUUCAGCAUCAAGUGGUUCCGGAAGGAGAAGUCACGACAGUUGUCAUAAAAACCAUCCAACUUCUGGAUCCGUUUCCGAGACAAACGUCACUUCCUCCACAUCUUCCACAACCUCCUGCACCAAGAUCAGUCAGGACAGAACACCCCGAUUUGUUUAAUACUCUUAGAUAUAUCAAAAUCUAGUGCUUAGCCAUUGCUAGUGUUGUGUCAUAUUGUUUGUGAAAAUUGUGAACAGUGUUUAUUUAGCUGAAAGCAUUGCAAUCACCUUUUGUCAGGUGACCCCCACAGGUUGAGGCUGAAUCCUGGAAGUAUUGACUGUUUUUAACUUUUUUGAUUUAUGUCCAAAUUGAGUUGAUUUGGAUACAUUUGUUGUAUAGUUUGAAAUGUACAUGUAUUUGUUCUUGUUAUUGUAGAUAUAUCACUAAUCAUAGGCACAUGGAACUUAUCCAUCGCUGAUAUUUAUUUAUGCAAUCAAAGCUUAUUUUUCAUACCAGGCAUGUACUUUUUGCGAAUGGCAUAGAUCUUAAAUUGUAAGAUUCUUUGCUACUAUUUGCUGAAAGUGCCGGACUUCAGUAGCUGUAGGAGACAUGUGUUUGAACAAAGUGCGUAGUUGUGAUGUAGAGUACAGCAGUGUCUUGAUGACAGGGGACAGGAAUCAUGUUAGUGCUAUUUACAUGUUAAAUUGAUACUUUCUGCGCCACCCAUGUUGCUGAAUAUAUAUUUCAUUUAAUACCGUAUUUUACCUAAUGAGCGCUUUAUGUCUUAUUGGUUAUCUAUAUAGCAAUUAUGGUGAGAUUUGAUCAUGUCUAUGGAGUAAUCAGCAUAUGCACCAUUUGCUGCUGAAACUUUGUGGUAUAUGAGAAAAUUCAUGUUUCGGUUGUUUUAACUGCACAUUCAUUUGAAAAGUAUGGGGAAUGGGGCAACCUCUUCAGGCUUUUGCCCAUACUGAUGAAAACUCAGUGAUGGUAUGUGAAGCUUAUUGGUGUAUUCUUGAAAAGAGGUGUAACAUUUUCUCAAUCUGUAAAGGUGAAACUGCACAUGUUGACCAUUAUUGAUAUUAUAAGUUUUACUUGGGGUACUUUGCUAUGUUAAUAUGUCCUGGCUUCUUAUCGAGUGGAAUAUGGUAGGUAAUUAUUACUCGCGUUAAAUACAAAUAUGAUUUUAAAACUUUAAAAUGUCUUUUUCUAAUGACACUGUUGCUAUGACAUAUGGGCUCAUAAUUGUCUUUAAAUAACCUCCCAAAGUUUUGUUAACAGUAGAUCAAACAUUGUGUGUUCGAUUGAAGCUUUAAGACACAGCUCUGCUCAAAUAUAAGGUAUAUGCUGGAUGCAGAAAUAGUGCCACUGAAACAUAUCGUGUGCAUGUUUCUAGAGGAAACCAUUGUAGGUCAGUUGUAUAGAAGGUUUUGGUGAUAGCAUUCAUCAUGAAAUUGAAAGUUUUGUUUAAGUUUGAGAUUUGGGAUGGGAAAGGUGUCGUGGAGCUACAUUCUCAUUAUAGUAAGUUAGGAAUAAGACACUUGCUGUGUUUAUCUAAGACAGUGCAAUGGUAUUAUACAUUUGACUGAGGAGCGUGUCUAUAGUGCUGAUGUUCAGCAUGUGCCUGCACCCUCAAGACUGCUGACUCUCUCCAGCAGGUGCCCCCUUCCUCAGAUCACUGACAUACUCUAGCAGGUGCCCCAUCCAUCAGAAUUGUGGUAGUCCAUGCAGGUCCCCCAUUCUUGAGUUGUGAUACUCCAGCAAGUGGCUCAUCCCUCAGCGUAGUGAGAUGCUCGAAGCAGGUGCCCCAUUCCUCACAGUGGUGACAUGCUCCGUGCAGGAGCUCCUCCCUCAAUCAGCAUUCUUGGAUUAAAGACUGCAUAUGCAUAGGAAUAGAAUAGAAAAUGCAUGGCAAGUCAAUAAACAGAAGUCAUACCUGAAAUGUGAUAUGGUUUUGUCUUCCAAUAGCCUAGAUGGGAUAUUAUGCCAUUGUGUGAUAUUAUGAAAUAGAAGAGAUUUAUUAUGCCAUUGCACCAGUUUGAUAUUACUUUGCUGAACUGUGGUAGAGGCCUUGUGUAGAUAAAUGUUGGUGAUGAGAAGCAUGGCGCUUUUCAUCAAGACUCUCCACAUGCAAUCCACCAUGUCUUGUUUUGUAGAGGGUAAUUAUUACACAGCAUAUAUAGAAUAUAUGAUACUUGCAUGGCCACAUACUUAACAGACCUGCAUUGGCAUCACUCCAGGACUGAUUACGUCCAGUUGUUGGGUAGGAUUCAGUAGCUGUAUGUAUCCAUCUACAUCUGCAUACAUUUCCAUACAGCCACCAUGUUAUAUAUCCAAUGCUGAUUGGACAUAAUGCUCACAGUGCCAAUGCUAUUUCAAAUACUUAAAGUAGUGCAUAUAGUCUGUAUACUACAGGAAGCAGGCCAUUAUCACAAUGUUCAUGUUCAAUUGUUUGACAGUUGUAAUUCCUAAUGUGUUAUUCUUAUCAUGUAGAAGCUUACGUUUUGGUAUUUUAUAUACAAUUUGGCUAAUGAUGUAUGCAUGUUAUUAAAUUGUUCAUAUAUUAUGAAUUUGUAUAUCGAUUUUUUUUAAACACUAACCCCAUCACAUUUUCCUGUAAGUAGUUAAAAGGGUGCUUUCAUUAAAUUCAUUGUGCAUAUUGAUAAGUUCAUGAAAUAUUACAAUUAACUGGUACAGUUUUAAAUGGGUCGUAUCGUAUGGAACAGUUUCCUGAGGGUUUCCUCACUUUGAUGUUGAGUACUGAGAUAUUUUUGUAUGUAGUAGACUGCCUUAGACACUUAUACUUUAUAGUCUUGUGGGAAGUGGAUGGCCCUCCUUUCUUAUGUCAGUAGAGAAAUAUCCCCUCCUAGUCUUGCCCUGGAAGACUAGUUUCUUCAUUUUGUUUAUCGAGGUGAUAGAACUAUACACCUGGAAUAAAGUUAAGCACCAUGCCUUCUUUAUUGUUACAUAUCCUAAUCUUCCAUGUACCAUUUGAAGUGAAUGAGUAAGGCUUUAGCAAUAUACUGGCAAUAUCACAUCAGUGAAGGGAAAACAAAAAACACUAAUUCCUGC